CGACGACGAUUAUAACAGAUCGAGCCGCGGAGACGAGUCGCACGCCGCCUCCGUAGCCGCCGUUUUUCGGGAAUACGCGCGGCCGACCGCGAAACCGCCUGACAAACGCCGCCAUAAUAUUAUUCCACAAUAACGUUUAUAAUAUUACUAUUAUUAUCAAUAUUAUUAUUACUAUUAUUAUUAUCGUCAUCGUAAGCAUUGUCGACGACGUCAAAUCGCUGUGAUUUGGCUCCGUCACACACACAUCGCAUCGUCGUACAAACCCGCGAUUGUCGACUUUUAUCGUUUCGCGACGGAUCCGGGGCUUCAGGUCAUGGCCCUGGAGACGGAACGUUGCAGCCCGAACAACGCUUCGAGCCCCGGCCCGACGGACAACAACCGGCGGCCCGGGCUGGACGACUGCAGCGACCAGACCAAAGAAGUGGUUUCGUCGUCGUCGUCGCCACCGCCGCCGACCGCGAUGACGACUACGUCAGCUCCGCAGCAGCAGCAGCAGCAGCAGCAGCCGGCGGACGUCGCGGUCUCUGCGUUCCGUCCGGUGCGCGACGACGUGGACGGUGACGAGAAUCGAGCUCCGAAGGCCGCGGUCGAGGAAUCGUCGCUGUUGGCCUGCAGCAAGCCGCUGAGCAUAUGUUCGCCGCUCCAGAACAAGACGGCGGCCGCGGCCGAUCCGCUCCACGUCGUCAAUAACCGUCACGUUUCGCCGCCGCCGCCGUUGCCGCAGCAGCCCGCCAGGAAGAAACCGUCUUCGAACGCCGUUCAGAAAACCCAACAACCGGCGGCCGACGUGCCGCGAUGGGUCCACCAGCAGCAACAGCACGCCGCCGACCACGGCCCGCUCCAGCCGCCGUCCACCGCGGCGGCCGCCGUCGCGGUCGAGUACACGAUGGCCAUGGCCGCGGCCGCAGCGGCUGCGGCCGGCGGUGCAGGUGGUCACGUGCCGCCCGUGUUUCCGUUCAACUCGUGGAUGUACCGGUUCAACUUCCUGCCGAUCGUGCCGGCCGCCGCCGAAUAUUUCCGGGAAAUGCAACACCACAACCUGCAGCAGCACCACCCGAACGGCGCCGGAUCUCCGGAAACGAGCGGCGACGAUCGGCCGACCACGGCGGCGCUCCGCUUGCAGUCGCCGCACGCCGAAUUCGCGAGGCAACAGCAGAACCUGCAGCAUCACCUCCACCACCAUCACAGUCCGGCGGUGCCGACGUCGCAAGUGGUGCAGUCGGCUGCGGCGCACCAACCGCUGCAACCGCCGCCCCCGCCGCCACCGCCACAGCCGUCUUUGCUGCAGCCGCCGACCAUGGGCACCGGUUACGUUUCCAGGCCCGCCAGCACUUCCGGUUCGUCGGACGUGUCGUCGUCGUACGGGCCCCCGACGGCCGCCGGCGCCGGAACCACGAAGAACUGCGGCAGCUACCGUUCGCCGUCACCCCGGUCGCCGAGUCCGUUCCGGUUGGCGUUUUCCGUCGACAACAUCCUCAGACCGGAAUUCGGCAGCAAACUCCAUCACCAUCUGCAGCAGCAGCAGCAACACCACCAUCAUUUACACCACCAGCCUUUGCCGCCACAGCACCACCACCACCAUCACCACCACCGCAACGGCAGGCCGUCGUCCGCGUCGCCGCCACCGCCGCCGCCUUCCGUGGCCAAAAUGCACUUUAACGCUCUGCUACAGAACAAACCACACUCCCAACAGUCCAUUCCGUCGCUGCAUCGGCCCGCUCCGACCCGUCCCAAAGCCGUGGCCGUCGGACCCAAACGGCCCGCGACCGCUGUUGAAAAGGUCAACAACAAGCGAAAACCGGCCCAGCUGCAGCCGUUGCCGGCGUGUUCGCCCGUCAUCAACCACAACAACAACAACAACUACGACAGCGACAACAGCAAGUCGGCGAACGGCGGCCGGAACGACCACCACCACAAACCGGACGACUCGGGCAACGAACAGGAAUCGGCGGGAUCGGACGCGACCGGAAGCGGCGACCAGCAGUCCAACGACAAGGAGAUGUGGCCCGCCUGGGUGUACUGCACUCGGUACUCGGACAGACCGUCUUCCGGACCCCGGUCGCGGAGGAUGAAGCGGAAGGACAAGUGUCCGGAGGAGAAGCGGCCCAGGACCGCGUUUAGCGGUGAACAGCUGUCCCGAUUGAAGAAGGAGUUCAACGAGAACCGAUACCUGACGGAGCGCAGACGCCAGGAACUGGCCAACGAGCUUGGCCUGAACGAAGCCCAGAUAAAGAUAUGGUUCCAGAACAAACGGGCCAAGAUCAAGAAGUCCAGCGGCUCCAAGAACCCGCUGGCCCUGCAGUUGAUGGCGCAGGGGCUGUACAACCACACGACGGUCGCCAUGUCCGACGAAGAGAUGGACGACCAUCUGACGGUCGCGUCCUCGUAAUGCAGUCGGAGCUGACACCGCCGUCGUCGCUGUUCUUGUUUUACCAGUAUAUAUAGGUUGUAUUAUACUUAGAGUGCCAUUCCGCUGGAAAUCGUUUUUCCACAAAAUCUUUGUACACCAGACGAGUUCCUUCAGACGGUAUACUGUGCGCACUGUAUGCUGCAACACGAAUGACGUGUCCUCUCCAUCACUCUUCCUCAUUCCUAUAUCAUCGCCGCAUCAAUACCUUCCGUAAGUGUGUGUGUGUGUGUGUAUAUAUUCGUUGGUUUUUUUAUUCCCCGUCUCUUGGACUUCCUAUAAUCUCUUUUGCGUUUCAUCUUCCGAAAAUCUCACGUCUCCUCUCCCGCAACCCACCUCUGCGCAUUGUUUAUGUAAUAAUUAUAUACAUGCGUUAUUAUAUAUUAUGUUAGGCAUAUUAUUUUUUAUAUAAAAUAAUUGUCGCGGUUUUUUUUUUUUUUGUUUGUUUUGUUAAGACGUUGUUUUCCGUUUCCGUGCACAUACAAAUUAUGUAUAUAGUUGGAUAACGUGUUAAAAUUAUACGAAAAUUUUAAUUGUGUGUAUGUGUACAUAAUAUUAUUAUAUUUAUAUAUAUUUAUAUUAUAACCGUAGUACGUGUCGUGUAAAUAAUGCAUAAUAAUGUUAUAGAUUUUAUAGGUAUCUCUAAAAUAGCAGUCUUUCCGUAGGUCUUUGAUAGUAAGUUGUUGUUAGAUCGAAAUUAUACGAACGACAUUUAGAUAUGCUAUUCGUGUUGUCGUUCGGUCGGUCGAUGAUCUAUCUACUGUUUUAUGCGAACAGAUUGUUAGGCUGUAUAUGUGUACGGCCGUUGAGUCUAUACUCGCUACAGUUUGUUCUGUAUGCGUAGAACAAUCGCUUUUCGUUUGCGAGGCAAUAAACCUUGGGCGUGCGUAUUAUAUGAUAAUGAUAUGUAAUAUGUACGUAAAAAUGUAAAUACCACGUUGCGUUUUCGACCGUUAAAAUUCUAAGUAUAUAAUAUAUUAUAAUGUGAACCUAUACUUUGAAAACACAGUACAGUAGACUAUAUUAUGUUGCCAUAGUCAUCGAUCCGAUAAAGAGUGUUACGCGUAUUUUGAUCAAUAUCGAUAUUUUUUUCGCCAUAUAAUUUCUUCGAGAAUAAAAAAAAAACCCCGAAAUCAUUAAUAUUGUUGUAAAUACAUUAUUUAUACUUGAUCACACGAUAAUCGCAGAGCAGCAAUGGUCAUUAUCGAUGAUUUUUAUUUUUAAAAACCAUACUUAAUUUAUUUUUUAUGCAAUCCGAUCCCUUUGAUCGCCUCAUCACCGCGGGUCUAAUCGCAAUAUAACAUUGCUGUACGAACAGCGUAUACCAUAACCAGUGUAUCGGAUCCUAUCGCAAUCUUUGUUUUUAUAAUUUCUAUAAACGAUUAAUUCGUGAGUAGCCGUAGUGUGGCGUAUUUAAGUUGUCUAUUUCACGUCGGUAAGGGGUCGGUUUGGACAAACGAAUUUCUACAGAACGAAAAUACGCUGUCCUUAGUUGGGGGAAUGUGUAUACACGUUGACAUAGCGUAAACGUACAUCAUAAGGUAGGUGUAGGUCAAUAAGCUCGUACGAUAAAGUUUCAUUUGAGUAAUCGCACGGUCGUGAUAUCUACGACGUAUAAGACGAUAGACGAAAAAAGACGGUGUGAAUUAUGUUUAAUUUUUUUACAAUAUUACAAUAAAUUUAGAUACGUGUCACGCGGUCAUGGUAGGUAUAUAAUAUAUAGGUAGAUAGGUCGUACGUCUUAGACCCGCGCGUCUAGUAAUAUGUGGCUCUAUAUAACGUGUAAGACAUGUACAUUUUAGAAAUAACGUAGACUGAAAUAUUUAGAUUUAUUUUUUAAGAAGUUUAUGAUUACAUAUUUUUAUUAUUAAUUGUAUUUCUAGUCAUUAAUAACUAUUUAUGUAUUAUUAUAUUAUUAUAUCAUUACGCUAAAUGUACUUAUAUUAUAUAUUAUUAUAUAAUUGUCUGUAUACGGUGUACGCGUGUAUAUAGUGUAUACCAUAUAUUAUGUAUGUACUCGACUUCUAUAUAUGUAUUUGUGUUUAGGUGUACCUAUACGAUGUUCCAUAGAAUCAAAUUAUGUUUACAUUUACCUACAUCAAUUUUUUCAUAGAUUUAUGCGUACCUAAUUACAUUAUAUAUACAUAAUAAUUAUAUAGGUACACACGUGUAAUUAUCAUUAUAAAGUUUAACAUUAUCAUUA